AUGCGCUUCUUGCAUGCCUGCCAAAUUGUUGCAUUGAUGCCUGCCCGAAGCACCGAUCAGGUUCUGGCCAGUGUCAGUCCCGCAGAGAAGGCUCAGUUCUUGGUUUUCUGCACCGCCAGCGACCGGGUGCCAUUGAAAGGAUGGCAAUCCCUAGGUCUCAUCGUGCAAAAGAAUGGCGUCGGCGACGAGCGCCUACCAUCUGCAUACACCUGUUUCAGCCAGCUGCUGCUUCCGCGAUUCUCCACCAAGGAGAAGUUGCGCAGCGGGCUUCUGCUGGCCAUCGCUAAUAGUGAAGGCUUCGGACUUCCAUGA